UUCUUCUCUAAAGAGACUGCCUCUCCUUCUUUAAAUUGACGCAGCAACCCUUUCAGGGUACGUACGCUUGGCUCUUCCGGCCAUGGAAGCUUUCAGCUUACUCAAGAACUGGCGCGGCGCCGCCUACGGAGACGGCGGCGGCCUUCCUUCUUCGUCAACUACGGCCUCCUCCAGCGCCGUUGUAACCGCCGUCAGUCCUCACUUCACCGCCACAGAAUCGGACUCCGACUCCGACACGGAUGACGACGGCCCCUUCUUUGACUUGGAAUUCGCCGCCGGCGAGGACGACGGCGGAGACGAGAAGCCACAUGAAAAUGAGGAUAUAUUCGUCGAUGCUCAGCUUUCCGAAACGGACGGCGGAAGCGGCUCCGGUGAGGACGAAGAAGGCGAGAAGUCCUCCGCCUCGCCGCCUGACGGUACCCUAACGGCGUCGGAAGCGGACCCGAAAAAUCCGGCUUCCCAGUCGAAAUCGACCACUAAAUUCAGAGUCCUGAUGCUGAAAUUGAAGAAGACGAAACAAAACCUAGAGAAAUUGGAUCCGAAAUCGAAGCAGAAAGCACAAAAUCAAGGCGAGAAGAAGUUCUUCACGGUGAAACUCAGGGUUGAAGAGCCGAAGAUCAAGUCACUGUUCAGGCGAGACACCAGUUCAAGCGCGUCGGAGGAAUCGAAAUCGUCCAAGGAAAUGAUUCAAAAAUACCUGAAGUCGGUGAGGAGCUUCUCCGGUGGCCGAACAGCGGCAGCCGCCGGGGCAAGUCCUCCGCCGGAAAAAGAGGAAACGGGACGCUCCGACAAGAAGGCAGUGGGGAGAAACGCGAGGAGCCAGAAGCGGGGUGUGCCGAGGACCCUGGGAAAAAGCCGGUCGGCGUCCUCAGCUCCGCCGGCGACUUCUCAGCGGCGCGACGACUCUCUGAAAGAGCAGCAUGAUGGUAUUCAAGGAGCCAUUUUACACUGCAAGAGAUCCUUUAACUCUCACACAGGGUCAUCAAGAUAAAGCUGCAGAAAUCAGUUAUCAAUGGAGUUUGGGUUGUAGAGAUGAUUUGCUUGGUGUAUUUCACUAUCUACCAGAUGUAUUUAGAGUAUAUACGUAGAGUAUAUAAGUAUAGUGUAAUUGUGUUUCUCUCAUUCUCCAUUUCUCCCUAGCUCCCUCUGAAAAUCUAUUUUACAAAAUUUGAAUAUAUGAUUUGUAUAAAU